UCAUCAGUCGGAAGCAUGGCUUCAAUAAAAGAAAGAGCCGCAGCGCUGAACCUUGCAGAGAAAUUGUGCGUGCGUCCUCAAGCUCCUUGUGUGGCCACCAAACCAGUCCAGUCUUCGUCCGUGUGGAGCGGCCUCAUCUCCCACCUGAAGUCGACUGUGAGGGUGAAGCGCCGACGAGUCCUCCUAAAAUCCCACAGUGACUGUUUCCUCGGCUCGGAGGCUGUGGAUGUAGUGGCAGAAUACGUUGCUAAAGCGAAGGGCUUUGGAGGUGCCAACGUGUCUCGGGAAAAAGUGGGGUGCGUGUGCCAGGCCCUGUUGGAGUGCAGCGUGUUCGAGGCAGUGGGAACCAAAGUGUUGGGAAAAGACAGGAAGCGGGCUGUGUUUCAGGACAGCAAGAGUGCUCUUUACAGGUUUGUAGGCACUUGCACUCCUUCAGUUGACGAGUUGGAAAGAGGUCUGCUGGCAAAUGGGAUCCAGAAGUUCUUCAGCAGUGCUCCUUCAGACAGGCAGGAAGAGCAAACCUGCCUCACUGAAUCGCAUGUUGAGAUGUCCCCACCUGCCAUCUUCACUCAGACAUCCAGCCAGCCAGAGGCUCCUGCCGCUACCAGCCCGUCACCGGAGCUGCCGGUGAACAGUCUGAGUCCGAGCAGGGUGCAGACAGACGCAGGUUUACCGCAGUCAUUGGUAGAUGAGGUGUGGCAGGAGCAGACUCUGCUCAGGCUGUUAAACCUAGUGGAGCUCCCUGUGCUGGAAGGUGUGCUUCAGUGCAGCCGGAGCCCGUCCCCUCCGUCUCCACCCAACCUGGCACACAGCAACCCGGACCUGAUCUACAGCAGCAACCACCUGGACCGACAGAUCCUCAAGGCCUUCAGGGAUUCUCAGGAUGAUGAGUGGCUCUGUGCAGCUUUGGACUGUUUGGACUUCCUCCCUGACCAGCCGGUAGUGGAGCUGAGCAGGGAACUGCCUCAUUGUUUCCCUCAAGAUAAGGAGAGCGCCGAACCAGAACCAGCUGGUAGCAGCAACCAAGAUAGAGGUGAGAACAGUGCAGAGCACACACACCUCUCCCCAAGUGCCUUGGCCCAGUGUAAGCUGCUGCUGUAUGGGACUCUGGUCAAACACUACAGCAACACAAACAGGCCUCCACUUCUGCCGCAGCACAUGACUGACAUCUACACAGCCAUCACCGACCUGCUGGUAAAUGCCAAAUUGGAUAAGACUCUCGAGGCGUUGCAGCUGUGUCUGAAGCUGCUGCCACACGGCUGCAGAGAAGAGCUGCGCAGGCUGCUUACGUUCAUGUCUCUGGCAGCUGACCCGCAUGGGAUAAAAGUGGACAAGGAGGUGGAGAACAAGCUGGCAGUGAGGAGGUCUUUCUCCAGGGCGAUCCUACACAGCAAAGCUCUCACCAAGGAGAACGAGGAUCUGAUGGUGGUCUUUAUGCUCAGCAAUGUUAAAGAAAUCUUCAAGAUACCAGGGGCUCUGCACAAAGGAGUGAGUGACAAGCUGGCUGGCCUCAUACAGGAGAAACAGCCUGACGUGACGGGCUCCACAUUCUGUCAGCAGGUCACUAGCACCACCAACCAGGAGCUGUGGGUCCUCUUAAACAGCAUCCACCUGGAUACCAAGAUCUCGGCCAAGGAGAAAAAGCGCCGUCUUAGACAGUUCCAUGUUUCCCAUCCAGAGAUCUUUAACCAGUACUUUGGUGACUCUGCUGUCAGCGUGCUGUAGAUCUGUGCAGCCGACGCUGUUUUCUGUAGUCGGA